UGCGCUGUGUCCCUCAGACACAGCGGAUCACGGAAAAAGUCGAAGAUGACGGCUCGGUCAUGUGAUCAGCUGUGUCCAAUCACAGCUCAUCACAUGGGACAUGUGCACUGAUCAGUGUGCCCUGAGGAUCAGUGUGGCCCCAGAAGUGCCAUCUGUCAGUGUCCAUCAGUGCCAGCAGUAAGUGCUCAUCAGUGCCACGUGCCAGUGCCCAUUAGUGCCACAUCAAUGCCACAUAUCAGUGCAUACCAGUGCACAUCAAUGCCACAUAUCAGUGCCCAUCUGAGCUGCCUUUCAAUGUCACCCAUCAGUGCCAGUCAGUGCCACCUAUCAAUGCCACCUAUCAGUGCUGCCAAUCAGUGCCACCUAUCAGUGCCAGUCAGUGUUGCCUAUCAGUGUGCAUCAGUGCCGCCUAUCAGUGCCAGUCAGUGCCAUCUAUCAAUGCCAGUCAGUGCUGCCUAUCAGUGCCGCCUAUCAGUG